AAAUCACUUCAACGUGCACUACUUGGUACAACCGAUCGGCUUCUGCCAUUAAACAUUCCUUCAUGCAGCAGACCAAUUGGUGUGCAAGCAAAAAACGAGACCUUUUGGAGACAUGUACUUUGUUUUAAAUUAUAGGAGUACACAGCUAAAUGUCUCGAGUGGGAUUCGUCACAAUCUUAAUAUACUUUAUACUCGAUGCCUAUAUAUGAGCAUUUUAGUUACAACCACCGCAAAAAGGAGGCAAACAAACGCUAUAAUUGAUAUCACGAUGAAGGCAGCGUGGCUGUUUUCAAAGCUGUUUACAACGUUCAUACCGAAAAGCCCUGCAAAAUGGCAUAAAAUGAUAAGACAACUAACCGGAUAAG